CAUGGAUUCAAAAAGUCGACGAAGUCCUCGGAGCUCCUCCCAAGCCCCCUGAGGAAUCUUUCGGACGAUUCAGAGUGUUCGGAGCUUUCAGAGUCCCACAUGUGAGCAGCCGACGCUGCCGCAAUCGGCUCGGCAGCGCUCUUCCCCGCGUACUGUCAAAAGCCAGCGUCAGUGAAAGAAGAAUCUUUGUGCGGUUUUGAGUUUGUCACGACGUGAUUCUUUUGUGAUCGCUGUUCGUUACAGCGGUGCAGCUUGUUGGAUAGCGCAACGGCACGCUUACAGCUCUGGAUUUAUCUGCAUUUGCGAUAGGAUGGACGAGGUCAGCAUUGUUUUGACUUCUUGAGCAAUGCCUGCUCGCUGCACAGGGGGCACCGAAAGUGACUGUCAAACUACUUGAAAGCCGUUUGUCAGCAUGGAGACGAGCUGAACGCGGGACUGCAGCACACAGCCGCCACCGCCCGUGCCGAAGUUGUAGGGUAGAACUGCGCCAAGCGGCGGGCGUUCCUCGGGCCUCCUCCUCGCGCGAUGGACCACUCGGUGAAGGCGAUGCACCGCAAGGCGGCCUUCUCGAGACUGCUGCGCGGCCGGCGCUUCGAGAACGCCGACCUGGAGCAGCUGUACCAGCGCUACACUUUCAAGCUGCAGCAGUCCUCGAUCGCCAGCGUCCUGGGGCUGCUGGUGACGCUGAACGUGACGCUGGCCUCGAUCGACCUGGCGUACCGUCGCGGCUCGCCCUCCCUGCUCGGGCUGCUGCACCUGGUGCACGGCCUGCUGUUCCUGGGCGCCUUCAGCUUCAUGGCCCUGCGCAGGCUCGAGGACUCGGCCCUGCUGGCCCUGUGUCACGGCGCGCUGGCGCUCGCCUCCACCUUCUCGCUGCUGUCCAUGCCGUGGUCGGUGGGCGACGGCUUCUGGCAGCUGCGGCGCGGCGGCCCCGCCGACGGCCUCUGGGAGCUGCUGUUCGUGCUCUUCCUGGCGUACACCAUGCUGCCGGUGCGCACGAGGGUCGCGCUGCUGCUGGGCACCGCCCUGUGCGUCGUGCACGCGCUGUGCGCCGUCUUCUGCGCCCACGUCCCGCCCGGACAGGACAGGACGGUGCAGGUUGCUGCCAACGUGCUGGUGUUUGUGUGUGGACACCUGGUGGGGGUGUUUGUGCAUUCCAUCAUGGAGCACGCUCAACGGAAGGCUUUUCUGGACACGCGGAACUGCAUCAAUGCCCGCCUGCACAUGGAGGAUGAGAAUGAAAAACUCGAACGACUACUACUGAGUGUGUUGCCACAACAUGUCGCCAUGGAGAUGAAAGAAGACAUCAUAGCUCCUCGAGCUGGCCAGUUUCACAAGAUCUACAUACAAAAACAUGAAAAUGUCAGUAUCCUGUUCGCCGACAUUGUUGGCUUCACAGUGCUGGCCUCUCAGUGUAGCGCUCAGGAGUUAGUUAGGCUCCUGAAUGAGCUGUUUGGUCGCUUUGACCAGCUGGCCAAUGACAACCACUGUCUACGCAUUAAAAUCUUGGGCGACUGCUACUACUGUGUGAGCGGCCUGCCUGAGCCUCGUUCAGACCAUGCUCACUGCACUGUUGAAAUGGGGCUAGACAUGAUUGACGCUAUAGCGUCAGUCGUGGAGGCCACUGAGGUGCAGCUCAACAUGCGGGUGGGCAUUCACACGGGCCGGGUGCUGUGUGGAGUGCUGGGCCUGCGCAAAUGGCAGUACGACGUCUGGUCCAACGACGUAACUUUGGCGAAUGCAAUGGAGGCUGGUGGCAUCCCAGGGCGUGUACACGUGACAGAGGCAACUGUAGAAUGUCUGCACGGCGAGUACCAGUUGGAACCAGGCAGAGGGCAGGAGCGCAACAGCUACUUGCGUGAACACAAUGUCAACACAUUCUUCAUUCGACCACCUGCGCACAGGAGAAAGCAGACGAUGCUGUUUAACCAGCUGCACGUCCGACGCAUGGCUGGUCGCAAGCUGUCAUUCAAGAAUGUAUCCAAUGUUGUGGUUCAGCUGUUGCACUCUAUCAAGUACAGCAUUGAUGUGCCCUUCGCUAACAUGGCCAUGCCUGGCCCCAGUGGUACAGCCGAGAAGCAGCCAAGCAAGAAGUUCAAGAUGACCGACAAGCUUCACAAACCACUAAAGAAAAGGCAUUCUGUGGUAUACCAUCAACCAAGCAAUCGCAUAAAUAAGUACCUGGCACAGGCCAUCGAGGCCCGGAGUGUGGACCGAGAGAAAUCCAAUCAUGUCAACAUGGUCACCCUCUGGUUCAAGGACAAGACCAAGGAGGAACAGUACCACCGUGAGAAGGAUCAUGGCUUUGGCAACAGCCUCGCUUGCAUCCUAGGAGUACUUCUCUUGCUGAGCGGAGUAGAGGCCACUGUGCUACCAAGGACUUUGAUUCUCGUGGUGCUGUCGGUGACUGCAUUUGUGUGUGUCUCCCUGUUUCUCAUCUUAGUCCUGGCUGCACAACUCAGGUGCAUCCAUUGGGACAUCAGCCGUAAUUUCGUUCUGCGAAUGUUCAUCACAAUCUUCUCAUUGCUGCUCAUCUAUUCUGUAGCCCAAGUCAACAUGGUGUCGUGUAUGGCCGACUGCCACAAGGAAGCAAACGAGACGACGGCAUUGCCGGCCAGUCCUCACGGUGCGGAGUGGCCACAUCGGUUGUGCCCGCUGCCCCAGUACCUGGUGGUGUGCUGCCUGCUGACGCUGCUGCCUGCCUCAGCCUUCCUGCGCCUACCACUCUUGGUCAAGGUGUUGCUGCUCUGCCCCAUGGGCAUCGCCUUUCUCGCCCUCGUCGAGAUCUCGCAUGCGCAGGUCUUCUUCUGCUAUGACCAAAAUGCCCACACAUUGGUACCACUGCAUGUACUAGCUGUGGUGGGAAUCGUCCACAUGCUGAUGGCCGUGCUCAUCCAUGGUCGCCAAGUAGAGUGGACAGCUCGCCUCGAUUUUCUCUGGAACCUGCAGGCCAAUGAAGAAAAACAGGAAAUGCACGACCUAGAGAGCAGCAAUCGAAGAAUAUUAUUCAACCUACUUCCUGCGCACGUGGCAACUCAUUUUCUGGACAAUCAGCUAAGGAAUAACAUGGAGUUGUACCAUCAGUCUUACAGCCGUGUUGGUGUCAUGUUUGCCUCAAUACCAAACUUCCACGAGUUCUACAUAGAACUGGAUGGCAACAAUCAAGGUGUUGAGUGCUUGAGGCUUCUGAAUGAGAUCAUUGCAGAGUUUGACCAGCUGCUGGAUGGUGAACAGUUCCGAGCCAUUGACAAGAUCAAGACAACUGGCAGUACAUAUAUGGCCGCCAUUGGGCUCAUGCCUGAUGCACGAAUCGGGGAUGACCACGAAUCUGGUGCCAGCUACAUGAGUACCAUGGCGGAGCUUGUGUUCACCAUGAAGGACUGCCUUGCUGACAUCAAUGAGAAUUCUUACAACAACUUCAUGCUUCGUGUUGGGCUCAACAUUGGUCCUGUAGUGGCAGGAGUGAUCGGAGCCCGCAAGCCACAAUAUGACAUCUGGGGAAACACAGUCAAUGUGGCCAGCCGCAUGGAUUCCACGGGCCUGCCCAAUCACACUCAGGUAACAGAGGAAGUCUAUCAGCUGCUUCGAGACGGACCCUACCUGUUCCAGUGCCGUGGAAAAGUCAAGGUGAAGGGCAAAGGAGAAAUGACAACCUACUUUCUCAUUGACCGCAAGACCAGCCACUCAGCGUCCAGCCCAAGGGAGGAGGGCGUCUCUGGGGGCAAUCCUAGCACAGUGCCUCAGCGGGAGGAUAAUAGCCUCUCUGGAAGCCUGCCUCCGCACUUAAGCUCAAACUCCCUGCAGCUGAGACGAGAAAGUGGGUCCACUCCCAACAGCUGGGCAGGGCAGCACCAAAAGGCAACACCCCUGGCACCUCAUGAUGAUGUUCUACCGUACACCCAGCCCAAGCCUAUCAUUGUCUCAAGCACUCCUCCGCAUGGGUCCAGAUCGAGAGUGAAAACCGGAAUGUCUUCCAAGCCAGAGUCCCUUACACGUGGUGACCCCUGGGAGAGUUUGAAACAAAUAAGGGUGCCUCCUCCCUCGCUACCUGGUGACCAAAGUGAGGCUGUGCUGACUGAUGACUGCAGCCUCGACCCCCAGUCAGAAAGUGCGAGCAGUCACCUUGACGACAGGAAUUCUAGCAGUGGUAGUCUCAUAAUGGAAAGUCACUGUUUAAAUGACCAGCCGUCAUUGCCACAUGGUAGCUUGCCUGGUCCUGGCUUUCCCUUGCUGUUGUUAAAAAAUUCAAACUGUCCUCAAGCAAACUGUAUGUACCCAUAUUCUCAGUCUAUGGGUGACUAUGAGGCAAGUCCCAAUAUCAUUGGCCCAGGUCUCCCUCAAGUUGGUUGCUCUCCUAGCCACAAUGUGAGACAGCCACAUGACAAUAAGUUAAGUCGCACAUUGCCAGAAGCAGCUGCUCCCAAUACAAGGGAGGAUCCAGAGCUUGCAGUGUAUUUCAUAAAUGCUUCAGGAUCGCGUAAACGAACUCACGAAGAGGCAGUUAGCAACACGGUGGCAUCACCUCCGGUUGACUCCCCAGAGCAGGUGCCUCGUAAACAGCUCUGCAACUCGAGUCCGGCAUCGCAACGACUUGUCUGGCAACAUGGCAAGGUCAGGGCUCCACUCCUGUCUAUGCGCAGCGACGCUGAUGAGUUGCCCCUAGAAGACUAUCUGGAAAAUGGGAACUGCAGUGUGGCAGUCCAGCCAAGAUAUGCCGUGGGCGACAUGCUCAACGGAAACUCUCCGCGUGUUCUCAUGAGGCUUGGCGAGGACUCUGCGGGCAUCGCGCUACGAUUGGCUGAAGCAGGCCACCCUCUCAGUGGACCACUGUUGCACCUUGACUCACGAAGCAGCUGGAGCAACGAUGGUUCAAGUGAGGCAGACGAAGAAGGAGCCCCACUGAUGGACAAUCAUGGUGGUGGCUACACGACGGACGACGCGUCGCUUGCCAACGACCAAGGGCUAACAGAUGCGGAGGGGGCCCUAAGCGACCUUAACUCGCUCCUCAAUGAUGCAGGCCACGAAGGGGAUGACACGAGUAUCUCCUCACGUGCCAGCAGCCGCUUGCUCAGCAUUGACUCACUCAGUGUUACUUAUGACUCAGAGUAUGACAACUAUGGAGUUGGUUUCAAUGGUGCCAUGGGCCGCACUGAGGACCUGAGGUCACUCACUGACUGCAUAGCUCGCAACUUCGGCCAUUGCGUGAGUGACAACGAAGACAGUGACGUGCUUGCUUGAUACUUCUCUCCGGCCCCCUUUGCACCCAAAUAGCCUGAUCGGUGACAACUACAAUAUCUUUCUGGCUCUUUUAAAAAAAAACUCACGCGUUGACAUGCUCAGUAUACAUAAAUGCACAUCUUCUUCAUGUGUUUAUUUCUGCCAUAGCUUGUGUAGUAGUUUCAUGUUUAUCCAAGCUUCGGCCUUCUGUAAUGUUCACUUCUUGGGAUACAUCUCAACUACCUGACAGACUAUCACAUCCUAAAUGCACAAUAUAAAGAGUGAAUGAAAGGAUUGGCCGCAAAAGUUUCAUUGCUAUGUAAACAUAAUUCACAAUGAUAUGUUCGUAAAAUGCUAGGACUCAAGGCUGCCAACCAGAUUACAUAAGUUAGUGACAGACCAACAUGAUGCCAUUUUGUUGCUUCACUCUUUUUCAUAAGUGUCACCAUGCCUUUAGGAGUUGUUUUGAGAGGUAUAUUAGGAGAGUUAUAAAGUGUGAGCUUCAGCAGAAUAUUUUUACUUGCUGGCCAUUUAAAGCUGGGCAAGAUUACAAGGUAGCAUAUUGAAAAUAGUGCAAGAAAUGGACGUUACAAAGUGUUUGUGCUAUGUUUCUGCUUUGUUUCCAGAAAGCUGCACAGCAGUUUCAUACAGAAGUGGCAGCUUGCACUUUACAUAGUCGUUUUAUUAUGCUCUGAAUCGCCACUUAGUGGAAUUUGAUGUGUAUGCUGGAGUGCACCUACCAUUUCACUUGAAACUAUUUCACUUCAGUGCAGUUUGUUUGUCAAUCUGCUACCCAGCCAACUUUUCCAGGAGGCUGAUUUUUCCGGGUAACCAAAAUGUGGCUGUUUCUAGGCUCAUGCUCAUUUAAGACUGCACCGUCAAAAAUUGUAGUAUUGUGGAAGUGGGUGUGAAUGCUUUUUGAGGAGUGGGUCUAGCUGUCUUUUAUUGGGAAUUGCUCAUUAAAACGUGUUUUUGUUCUUAA